UAUUUUUAUUAUUCUCCUGGCAAGAAAAAGAAAGCAAAGCCAUGUUGGAAGAAUCAAUGCCGACGGUACCUUCUUCCAUCUGGGCUUCCAUAUGCAGUUGGUUUACUCCAACUGUUUUCUUUGUGUUCCUCAACCUCACAAUCGGUACCAUUUAUUUUACUUCCACCUUGGCUUCUAACAAGUCUGGUGUUGGUGGUGGUGAAGGGCAAAGCCAGGAAGGAGAAGAAAACAACCCAAAACUUGUUAGAUCUCCAUCUGUUUUACAAAGGCUGAAAUCUAACAACUUGUAUUCUUGUAGAUCCCAAGAACCUGUUACUGCCACUGCCUAUGGGAAAGUCAAAGAUGUGGGUGAUUUCCAUUUCUCCUUUCAACAACAAACCCCUGAACAAGAUCGAAGGCAGCAACAGCCUUACCUCGAUAGAUCUUCUUCUGUUUUGCCAAGGCUUAAGUCUAUUAACCUCUAUAGUUACUUCUCUCCAAAGCAGACCACCUUGCACAAAAACCAAGAAAUUUACUCCCAUUACCCUCCAUUGCGAGCCCGUGAGGAAGAGGAUGAACAAGUACAAGAACCUGAAGAAGACGGAGAAGAAAACCACGGAGGCCUAGAGGGAACCCAAGGUCAAGAGCAAACCCUGGAUGAAAUAUACAGUCAGUUCAAGGAUAGUCAUGUUACCAGGACCAAGUCCGACACCAAACCAGCGUCUGGCGAGGUACCAACUAAGCUUCCGAGGAAGAUGAGGAAAUCUGCGAGUGCUAAGUCCGCCUUUUUGCAUUUUGAGGAAGAUGACAUAGUGGAAACUCGAAGGCCAGCUACCGUGAGGGGAGGGAAAGCUAAAGCUACGGAGGAGGAUGACGAGGUGGAUGCCAAAGCUGAUGAUUUUAUCAACAAGUUCAAGCAGCAGUUGAAGUUACAAAGGAGUGAUUCCAUCCUUAGGUACAAGGAGAAGGUGAACAGAGGGAGUGGAAGGUAAAGCUAAUUUCAAAUUUUUCUUGGGGCAAACUUAGUUUUCAACCUUUUUUUUUUUAAUGUCGGGGUUUAAUUAUUGGGAUGUAAUGUAAUUGUAGAUCUACUACUGGUAUUGUUUACGUGUGUUGAACUUUCUGUUCAAAAAUAUUGCACCUUUCAUUUAAAUUCUGGUUUCCUACUGUUUUUUUUUUUUUCCUUCUCCUUUCAAUGGCGUUUAGGUUAUUUUGGCCAUUCUCAAGGCUCAUAACCAAUAAUGCCCAUAGCACUCUGGUUCAUGAAUCCUGUUUGUUUCCAUUGCCAUUCCAAGCAUUAGCUUUUAGCUGCGCUCCGGCCUCUGCCGAGCGCUGCUAACAUACAUGUAGGGGCAUUUUAGUGAUUUCAGUCAAGACUGUGAAACCUGUCUGUUCAACAAGCGGAGAAAAACUGGAAGGAGAAGGAUUUGUUUUGCAGGAGAGAGCCAGUGUUACUAAAAUGCCCA